GUACCCAUCGGGGACAUCGUUUGGAUUGCUAUGUCGAUAUACUCUUGCUUACUGUGACCCAAGAGUUAUUGUGUGCCACAUCUCCUCGUAUUUUCCUUGUCAUGUCAACUCACAAUUCCGUUGCUUCUUCUAAUCGCCGACGAGAUAGCCAGCAGAGUUGGACUGGCUCGGAAAUUUUCCGAUCUCAAUCACCGAACGAUGUCGUCGUCCAAAACAACUCACAGGUGAAACUGAGCGGGAAAGCGUGGGGAAGAAUCAAAAAGUUUCUUCUUUGCAAAACUGACUUUCCGUCGAGUAUCUACUACAUCGUAGGAAAUGAAUUCUGCGAGAGGUUUUCUUACUAUGGAAUGAAAGCUAUCCUAAUCCUCUACCUUACAAGGGUUCUUAUGCUUGGGGAUGAUACUGCGACUGCGGUCUUUCAUAGUUUCUCUAUGUUAUGCUACUUUACCCCUCUAUUUGGGGCAAUGUUAGCCGAUGGUUGGCUUGGAAAAUACCGAACAAUUUUGUAUGUUUCUGUUAUCUACUGCAUUGGGAACCUGAUUGUGUCAAUGACAUCUCUUCCUCCCCUUGGUGCUGGUGAGAUUCCUGGUCCUAUGAUUGGUUUGUUCCUCAUUGCUCUGGGUACAGGAGGUAUCAAGCCAUGUGUGUCAGCAUUUGGUGGAGAUCAGUUCACAUCUGAUCAGUCAAAACUGCUUCAAAGUUUUUUCUCUGUGUUUUAUUUUGCGAUUAAUGCUGGAAGCUUGUUGUCUAUGCUAAUUACACCUGUACUGAGAGGAGAUGUAAAGUGCUAUGGUGAUGACUGUUAUCCUCUGGCCUUCGGUGUUCCUGCAGCCUUGAUGUUAAUGGCUAUAACAUUAUUUUGGUUUGGCCGAAAUAAGUACAAGAGGGUUCCACAAACUGAUAACAUUUUGUUGCGGGUGACAAAGGCUGUCAGCUAUGCACUCAAGAAAAAAAUAACCUCAAAGGGAGAGAGAAAAGCUCACUGGAUGGACUGGGCCAGUGAUAGAUACGAUGCUCAGUUAAUAGAAGACAUCAAAGCUCUGUUCAAAGUGUUGUUCAUGUUUCUUCCUCUGCCUGUUUUCUGGACAUUGUUUGAUCAACAGGGCUCACGGUGGGUUUUGCAGGCUGGGCAAAUGGAUGGUGAUGCUGGUUUCUUGGGAACCAUGAAACCAGACCAGAUGCAAGCAUUCAAUCCUCUUUUCAUCAUUAUCCUUAUUCCACUGUUUGAGACUGUGAUAUACCCAUUACUACGGAGGCCAAAACCACUCAAGCGAAUGUGCGCAGGAAUGUUUCUAGCUACAGUGGCAUUUAUUUUUGCAGGAUUUCUCCAGAUGAAAAUACAGAGUGAAGAAUUCAUCAAGAAUGCACCCUCGGAAGGACAGGCAAAUUUACAAGUUAUUAACUCGUUGGACUGCCCAGCGUCACUGUCCAUCGGCAACAAGAAUAUCACAGUGACACCUUAUGGACACUCCAGUGAGUUGAACUUGCCAGUAACUAAGAAUGUGUCGACCAGGAUUCAAACAUCUUCAAAAUGUUACAAUAUGUCAAGACCAGUUGAAGAUAGCCUUAGUCUGGAAGAUAAGGAGUGGUAUAACCUGAUAAUCAGUGAAUACAAAAAUCAACUUCGUACACAUCUGGUCAAACAGAACGUUUCAUCUCCUCCUCCGGGGAAAGCCAAGUUGUGCACAGUUCUUUUGCCAUCAUUAGCAGACAGCGAAAUGUUUGAUAUAUUUCUGGACGAGACUAAGAUUCAAGAAAAGGUGGAUGCUUGGGGAGCAACAAAUUGUGUUGUAAAAACGUCAGAUCAAUAUAAGUUAACUGUUAAAGGAGAGAAAACAAAGACAACGUAUGUGUCUAGUAAAAUAUCUCUUAAGAACGGUGGCAUUUACACCGCCGUAAUAGAGCCGAACAAACUAGGGAAAGGAGGUAAUGUCACCUUGUACAAGGAUCUGGAGGCAAGAAAUGUCUCAAUGUUGUAUCAGAUCCCACAGUACUUUGUGAUUACGAGUGGAGAGAUAAUGUUCUCUAUAACAGGUUUAGAGUUUGCGUAUUCCCAGGCUCCUGCCUCUACGAAGUCAUGUCUUCAGGCCGCUUGGCUAAUGACGGUAGCAUUUGGUAAUUUGAUUGUUGUCAUUGAAGCAGAAUCUCGUCUCAUUACAAACCAGACAACCGAAUUUUUCUUUUUCGCCGGCAUGCUGUUUGUGGUGAUGGUAGGGUUUGCAGUAAUGGCUAAAUUUUACCGAUAUGUUGAAUCUCCAAGUGGGGACCCUGUGGCCGUGCCUGUGGACAGCAUUGAUGAUAAAACUGGUAUCGUAGAUUUGGACGAAUUAUCACGGAUUUAGGACUUUUAAAAUGGUGUAUUUACCUGUUUUGUAGAUAGCUAUAGAAUAAAACAUAAAGUGGAA